UCUCCUCUGUGAGUUUUAUCGUACGGAGUUCCACACAAAAUGCGAGUAGUAACAAGAAUACCUUCGAGGCGAUUGCCCUCUUCCGUACCUCGAGCAAGACACAAUGUCCGCAAUAUCCCGAGACACCGCCCCUAUUCAACCCAUCCCCCAGCGGCCCGUUUGAAUACCCCCACUGACUUCUCCACAACCCCUCUGCUGGCACAUGCCUCCCAAUCUGCUCUGCAAAACACGGAGCUUCCUUCCGAAGUCCGAAAUGGUACCACGAAGCGGAUGAACCUCUUCCAAGCCAUCAAUGAUGCGCUCUCCCUUGCUAUGGCCGCGGAUGAUUCGGUCAUACUGUUCGGCGAAGAUGUGGCAUUUGGAGGGGUCUUCCGAUGUAGUAUGGGGCUAGCAGAGAACUAUGGUUCCGAGAGGGUGUUCAAUACGCCAUUGAGCGAACAAGGGAUUGUGGGGUUUGGCAUUGGGGCCGCCGCAGAAGGCAUGAAGGCGGUUGCGGAAAUACAAUUUGCGGAUUAUAUUUAUCCAGCUUUCGACCAAUUGGUCAAUGAAGCAGCGAAAUUCAGAUACAGAGAUGGUACAGAAGGAAGAAACGUGGGAGGCUUGACUGUGCGAAUGCCGUGUGGUGGUGUUGGUCAUGGUGCAUUAUACCACUCACAAUCUCCCGAAAGUCUGUUUACACAUAUCCCUGGUUUACGAGUUAUCAUGCCUAGAUCUCCCAUCCAAGCAAAAGGUCUGCUCUUGGCUGCAAUUGAGAGCAAUGAUCCAUGCAUUUUCAUGGAACCGAAAGCUCUAUACCGAGCUGCAGUCGAACAGGUCCCAAUCGGCUCAUACACAUUGCCGCUUUCUAAAGCGGAAGUUUUGAAAGAAGGCUCAGAUCUCACUGUUAUAUCCUACGGCCAUCCACUAUACACUUGCAGUGCUGCCAUCGAGAAGGCAGAGAAGGAUAUGGGAAUUAGCAUAGAAUUGAUCGACUUACGGACGGUCUACCCCUGGGACAAGGAGUGUGUUCUCAAGAGCGUCAGGAAGACGGGCCGAUGUUUGGUAGUUCAUGAGAGCAUGGUGAACGCCGGAAUUGGCGCCGAAGUAGCCGCUAGCAUACAAGAGGACAAGGACACCUUUUUGAGACUGGAGGCUCCAGUGUUGAGAGUUGCCGGGUGGGGUGUUCAUAUGGGAUUAAUGUUCGAGCGAUUCAAUAUCCCAGAUGUUGCCAGGGUGUACGAUACCAUAAAGCAAGCUAUAGAAUACUGAAUAUGGUAUUCAUACCAGAGCUUUGAACGGAAAGGAGAAAAUGCAUAUGCAGGCGUUACAGGAAGCUGGUGUUGAGGGGUCCACUUGUAGAUGAGAUGAAUGAUAUAGAGGAGACGAGCAAUAGGCUCAAGCCACUUGGAUGAUUUUGCAACUGCAGUCUAGAUAGCUACAGAAAAUGGAACCUGAGAGCCCCG